UCAGCCAAUGGAGUCGCUGUUAUAUGCACCGGCUACCCUUCUUGAUCUCGGAUGCGCUCAUGUGUGACUUUUUGCCGGCGAGAACCUUGAUUUGUUUCGCUUGACGCCGAGUCGCGGCACGGCGGCAAAGUACUGCAGGCUUGGAAAACCGUGCUUGCAUGGGCAGAUUCCCGUCACGCCCCUAUCCCAAGUCCCGGGCACUUGAGACCGGGCUCUUGCCCUCCUGCCUAGGUUCAUCCUGCUUCAGGCACAGGGUUGCUCUCUUCGGAACAGGAACCGGCCGAACGACACUCAGAAAAACCCAUCAAUAUCUCGUUCGGAGACCUCAGCCGCUUAGGUUUGGUGUCAUUAUGCGUGCCGUUUUGGCGACUUUCCUCGCCUUCUCCGGGCCUGCAUCGUCUGUUAGAUUCAUCAGUCCUCAGUCGCCUUCUCUUGGAACAACUGCGGACUUCGGUGCCAACCUAGUCUAUGCCUACGGUUCCGCCAUCGAGGCAGCAUAAACAGAUACCGCGGACAACGGCAUUCCGUUUCCUGUUGCCGCUUACCAGGUCGACAUUUCCAAUGCGGAGAUACCGGGCAACCAAGCG